AUGGCACUUCGAGACAAGCACGUGGUCCCUACACACAUGCAAGAAGAGUUCUUAGAGGUUAUCGAAACCAAACUGGAGGAGUAUUAUGUCCAGUUAAAGCAGGGCUCAAUCUCACCAGCAGAGAUACAUUAUGAAAAUAUUCGCUGCAAGGAGCCAUCAUGGAGCGAGGUUCGUAGUGCAGAUACUUGCUUUUCAUGCCUUCGACGCCGGCCUCAGCAUCUCCUCCCAUGUAGACAUGGUUUCUGUGAUCAAUGUGUCGGUGCCCUCGGUGAGAGAGUUACAACGGAUAAGAGGGACUUUUUGAUCGAACAUUGUUUCUUGUGUGGUAUCGAACUAUCUGAUAAGUUAAGGAUAAGGAUAAGCCCACCGACCCGCGGCGUAGGCAUACUUUGUAUAGAUGGUGGUGGGGUAAGAGGAAUCAUACCACUAAGGAUCAUGAAGUCUAUCCAUGAGAGGAUAGGGGUGCAGAUUCCAUUCCAACGAUUUUUUAACAUGGUAUUUGGGAUCAGUUCUGGGGGGCUAAUCGCGGCAGAUUUGUUUCUCAACGGAUCUUCAAUUGAUGAAACAAGCCAAGCCUUCGAACUCUUGGCUAAAUCUAUAUUUCAAAAGAAAAAACUACUGAAAAUAGUUUCUCGAUUGCUCCCUGACUGCUUGUCACACACCUGGUUGUCUGAUAUUCUGAAAGUAUUUGUUUCAUGUAUAUCUGGUGGCCUCUACUCAUCAUCUCCUAUUGAAUCAGUCCUCAAGCAGGUAUUCGGAACUAGAACCCUGUUGGAUAAGUCCCAGGCCACACCAUUUGGCACGCUGGUUGGCCUACCUGUCGCAACAACAGGUGGCUCGCCUUCGUGCCAUAUCUUCACCAACCGUAACGGUCGCAUAAGUCACGAUCGGUUCAAGAAAGGAUUUGGGACUGCAAAAAUCUCCGAGGUUUACUUCCCCCCAAAAGCCAUAGGUGACGUGGGCACCUUCCAGGAUGCCGGCCCUCUAGAAAAUGACCCCCUUGCAUCAGCGGUAUCCUACGCUUUUGAAGCGAACCCAUCUCUAGAACAUCCCGACUUCAUUCUAUCUCUUGGUACUGGGGAAUCUAGGCAGAAGAACGAUGUUUCAGAAAGGGCAACUGGAACCUCCUGGUGUUCUUGGUUAACUCCUUGGUUAUACCGGUUAGCCCAGAUGAAUUUCAUGAAGAUGUUAGACGAACAGCCGAGGAAGGUAAUUCAGGCUAACCCUCGGUAUUAUCGCCUCACCACAAAGUUUGAUCAUGACAUCCCGAGAUUGGACGAUGUAAACAGUAUCCAGACGCUUCAGUCUCAUGUUGAUCAGGAUCAAACGCUUGUAUCGAAGAUAGAAAAUAUCGCCGAACGCCUGAUUGCCUCCUUAUUUUACUUCGAGCUUGACGCUGUCCCUGAGAAGAUUGAUGGGAGAUAUUUUGUGUCCGGAUGUAUAUUGUGUGAUAUUGCUAUCUCUGAACCAGCUUUUCCUGAGCUUUUUCGGGGUUUAGAUUCUACAUCAGCCCAAUUUUGGAUCAACAGAUGCCCAAUGACGGACGUUGUGGAGAAGAACAGUUUUGAUCGCUAUGGGAAUUUCCGCAAAAAGGUAGCCCUGACCACUGAUGGGGUGUUUGACAUCGCCUUGAAGCGGGGCGGGUUGGAGGCCUGUUCUAUUAGCGGAGCUCCUUUUAGUCUACCUAGACUCAUUGCCUUACAAGGACUGACGGCAGUAUUCGGUCGCCCUGGCCCACAGAAAGAAGAAUGCAAACCCAAGAAGUGUAGGUAUUCCAAUCACCAAAGCUAUCAAAAAAACAACCGCGCAGGUGGAAAAGCUCAGGAAAGAAAAUCGAGUGCCCCUAGCUACAUACACCACAAAAAAAGGAAAAGAGAAGGUCACCACGGAGGGCCUAAAGCCAAGAAAACGAGGUCUGUUUAA